AGGGAGGGAGGGAGAGAGACAGACAACACCUGCCUGAAGCGCUGGGGGACUCUGGGAUAGGUACCAGGCCGCGUGUGUAUGAGGAGCCUGUCUUCCCUCCUCCUCCUCCAUCCCUGCUGCCCCUGUGCUCCUGAAGGAGGACUGGCCCCCCCUCUCUCCCCACCCGCCAGGGCACCCUAGAAAUCCUUCUGCACUCCGCUGCCGCCGCUGGGUCCCCCCUCCACCUCACAACUUCCUAUCCCACUGACUCUCCACCUCCUUGUCCCACCCUUCACUGCUGCUGCCAUGCCGGCGACACAGCCCCUCCAAGGAAUAAAGCCCCCCAUCCACGAGCAGAUCACUGAGCUGCAGAGCAAGAUACAGCUCCUAGAAGGUGACCGGAAAGCAUUCUAUGAGAACUCCCAAUGGAACAUCAAGAAGAACAGGGAGUCCAUUUUGCAGCUGAGAAAGGAGAACAAGAAAUUGCACCAGAAGCUAGCAGAUGUCCUAGCGGGAGAGGAGAAAGUCAUCAAGGCUGCAUUCCAAGACCAUCCAGUUGAGCAAGGAUCUGUGAAAAAUAAAACCGGGGAGGGUGCUAUUCAGAUCAUCAACCACCGGCUAUGUGAGAAGAUCAAUCAGCUAAACAACCUGAAGCAUCAAGUGGAGAUGCGGAAGCGUAGGCUGGAUGAGCUGCAACUUCAGUACAGCAAUAAGGAACAAGACAUUCAUGACAUGCAAGAAAUGGAAGAAAGGAACAUUGAGGCAGCCAAGACUCUGCGUACUCUGGAAAACCGCCUGGAAAAGGCCCGGUUCAAGACUGAGGAGGCCCAACGCAUUACCAGUAUGUACCAGAAGCUGAAAGUGCACAUGCAGGAGGAGAGCCUGCACUUCCAGAACAAACUGGAUGCCCUGGAAGCUGAGAUCUUCCGCCUGCGCCAUGAGCUCAAGGACCUGGAGAGUGUGAACACUGACGCGCUGCAGGCUCGUGAUGCAGCCAGGGAGCAGCUCCUGAGCCAAGAAGAGGAAAUCUACCGAGAACGGAAACUCCGUGAUAAGAAGUUGAAGGACCUGAAGAAGCUGACAGAGGAGAAAAGAGCACAGAAUGAGCGUGCAGAAAGGCGGCAUUCUCGGGACAAGGAUCGUAUCCCUUUUGGGGCUGAAGACUUACUCAAAGACCCCCAGUUCACUAGAGCAAGCAUCCUGAAAACCAGGCAGGCACUGUUCACUGCAUCGGAGGCCUUUGACAAGAUCCGAAUAGCUACUGGUGUUACCAAAGCUGAGGAUGUUGCAGCCUGCUUCCUAGCCCAAGAAGAGACCUUCCAGCACUUGGAAGCCAUGAAGAAUGAGAAUGAGGAGACCCUGGUACGGCUUCAGGAGGAGAAGGAUGCAAUAGCAGCUGAACUUCAGAAACUCAAGUACUCAGGAGAGGCCCGGCAGGUGGAGGCCCAGAACCUGAUGAAGGAGCUGCAUGGCCACCUGCAGAAGGAGGAGAAGAGGCGUGACUCAGCCAAGGCAGAGAUGGAAAAGGUGUCCAAGGUUCUGCUCAAUGCCAAGUCUGGAGUAGAGCAUUUGUCCUCCAAAUUACAGCAUAUCAAGCUGGAAAAUAGCCGCUUUGCCUCUGUCCACUUGGAUGAGAAAGCCAGUGACUAUGUGCUUGACCUCCUGGCUCAAUCAGAAGAGAAACUGAUGUACCUGAUGGAGUCCCUUCGAAAUCGAGACAAGAAGGAGCUUCUCCAGAGAAUUGAAGAAGUGGAGUUCCAUUCCAAAAUCGAGAGGAGAUUACCUGCCUACAAUACCCGGGUCAAACUGCCCACUGCACAGAAACAAGACAUGUAUUAUGAUGAGGAGGAGAGCGGGGAAGAUGAUGCUGAUGUGGUGACACGUGCAGCCCUGAAGCGUCAAUCCCAGCAAAUGAUAGAGGCCAGGACCAAACGCCGCACCCGCUACAGGAAGAAGGAUGGGAAGUGACUGAGCCCUAUGUAGCCCUUCCUUUCCCAGCUCCUGUUUUGCUCCAAGGUCCUUGGCUAUUAAACGUGCCUCCUUAGCCACUGGCCUCCUGUGUGAGCCAGUUCCACUCUUCUGUCAAGACUGCAGGCCCCAGGAAAAGAGGAGCGGGACCCCUUGGUAGAUCUGUUCCUCACCCCUGUACAGAGCAGGCAAGGACCUACAGUGAGCUCCUGCUGAUGCAUAGCUCCUGAUCCUCUGCAUUUCAGCUCCCAGCUGUGAGAGAAGCAUCAGUGCUCUGGGGGGGCAGGUAGUCUGGAUCUGGUGCUUGUCAAGGAAGAUGCAUCUAGCCACCUCCAUGCUAAUUUAGACAUUUCCCCAGAAUCUGUAAACCUUGAACAGAGAGAACCCCUACUAUUCCCUUCUGACGUCUGCCCUUAGUUCCACCCUGCUAUCAUCACUCUCAUGUCCUUUGGACUCCUAGAGGUAGGUAGGUGGAGGGUGGCUCAGAGUCGGUCACACUCUGCAUGGAGUGAGGCCACUGAGUGCUGUGUUUGCUGUGUGUGAUAGAAUAAACCCUGUUGCGGCUGA